ACAACUCUAACGGUUUCCUGCAGUAUCCUCUCUGGGUUCAUCUCAUCUCCGUAUCCAUCCACUAUGUCACUCUCUGUUCGCUCAACAACAACCAAAGGUCCCAAGACCGUGACCUCAAAAUCUAUAGUCACUAAGAGUCGUGGAGGUUCGACAUCCUUUCCACAUAAAGCCUACAGUGUGUAUGGAGGUGGUUUUGGAGGAAGCACUCGCAUCUCCUCUACUAGAAUUGGAGGCGGUGGAGGAUACGGAUUUGCUGGAGGACACUGUGGAGGAUAUGGAGGAGGUUACGGUGGAGGAUAUAGUGGACCACUUUCCAUUUGCGUAAUGCCUUCUAGCGGCCUUGGGGAUUUCCAGCUGAAUGAGAAGGCCACUAUGCAGAACCUGAAUGAUCGUCUGGCGUCCUACCUGGAUAAGGUGCGCUCCCUAGAGGCUGCCAAUGCCACUCUGGAGAGGCAGAUCCGCGAGUACUAUGAGAAGAAGGGGCCAGUCGCACAGAGGGACUACAGCCAAUACUGGAACACCAUCAAGGACCUAAAAGACAAGAUUAAAAAUGCAACCACGCACAACGCCAACAUUCUCCUGCAGAUCGACAACUCUAAACUGGCUGCUGAUGACUUCAGGCUGAAAUUCGAGCAUGAGGUUGUGAUGCGCCAGUGUGUAGAAUCUGACAUCGCUAACCUGCGCCGCUUGCUGGACCAGACGAACCUGGCAAAGAAUGACCUACAGAUGCAGAUCAAGGGUCUGGAGGAAGAGCUGGUAUUUUUGAAGAAGAACCACCAAGAGGAGAUGGCUGCACUGAGGUGUCAGCUGACAGGCACGGUGAACGUCGAGGUCGAUGCUGCUCCUCAACAAGAUCUGAACAAGGUUCUGGAGGAGAUUCGUACUCAUUACGAGAACAUUAUUCAGAAACACCGCAGGGAACAGGAAGCCUGGUUUAAAGACAAGACGGCACCAUUGAACAAAGAGGUGGCUCACAGUACAGAGACCAUCCAAACAUCCAGGUCACAGAUCACAGAGCUGCGAAACACAUUGCAGAGUUUGGAGAUCGAGCUACAGUCUCAGCUCAGCAUGAAAGCAGCACUGGAGCACUCACUGGCAGAAACAGAAGCUAGGUACAGUGCUAUGCUAGCAGGCUUCCAAAAUCAAAUCAACAACCUGGAAGCUGAGUUGGCUCAGUUGAGAGCUAGCAUUGAACAGCAGGGCCGAGACUACGCCUUGUUGCUGGACAUCAAGACUCGUCUGGAGCAGGAGAUCGCCACCUACAGGAACCUUCUGGAAAACCAGGACAUUAGGACUCAAAUUCCAGUGUCCAUCUCUGUCUCAGGUGGCUCUCAGUCCGUCUCAUCAGGUGGAUCUCACUCUGUUUCCUCUGGAGGUUCCCACACUAUCUCCACUGGUGGACCAACAAUCCAAAUAAAGCAAACAACCACCACUUCACACCGUACUUAUUAAAGACAGAAUGUGCUUUGAGACAGUAUUUAAACACAUGCACACAUAAGUGUUUUAGAUACACAUUUAUAACCCAAGUAACAAGGAACCGCAGUAUUUUGAACACAUUAAAAACACUUACUGCUGUGUUUAAAAAAAAAAACUGUUUCUGAAAAUAAAAGUACUGUCUU